GGGCUCUCUGCCCGAGCACAUUCUCUCUCUAGUUUCUCCCUCCGGAUCACAGAAUUUGAGCGUCCCAAAGCAAGUGGGGGGGGGGGGGGGGGGGGGGGGGGGCGCAGCUACCUUGAAAGACCUAAAGAUUUGCCAACCCCUUUCGCCUUUCGGAUUUUACUUUUCUCACCUCAUUUUCCCAACAAUGUAAAAUCACUUUCCUUUCCGGUUCCUAUAAAGAAAAGUUCAACACCCUCCUCUUUUUCUUGCUUCAAUCUUUCACUUUGCCCCUCUUUCCAAUUCCUCGCUCCUUUUUCCUCUCUCUGUCUUUGCUUCCAAAACCCACCAAGAAAAACUUACUAAAACCAAUUCUUUCACAAUCUUGUGGGUUAUCUAGAGAAAAACGAAGUGGGUUUUUGAAAUAUUGUGUGUACAUACAUACAAACAAAGAUAGAGAUCGGAUACAAUCGAUUAUGGGUUUGGUCGGAAGGCUGAUUUGGGUCAAUGAUUACGGCAAGAAGCAAUGCAAGAGCCUUUUCUGGAGGAUGAGGGCGGCGGUAGUGAAGAAGAAGAAGGCGGGGAAGAAGCAAUGCAAGUUCCAGUACGAUCCUUGGAGCUACGCUCUCAAUUUCGACGACGGCGGCGGCGGCAGAAGCAGCAGCAGCAAUUUGAGAGUGAUCGAAGGUGUAGGAGAUGGAGGAGCAUCCCGAAAGGGUGGAUUUGUGGUCGUUCGGGGCUUGUCUGGAGCCACUGUUUGGGUUUAUGUUUAUCUGGGUAAUAGAGUCUUGUAACUAGUGUUCGGUUGCUCUGUGUUUGGAACUUGGUUCCGUGAAGUGAUAAUGCCAUGGAAACCUUUCUUUUUGCCGAUUAAAAAAAAGAAGAAGUGAUAAUGCUAGAGGGAAUUUGUUGA